UGUCCAAGUCUCUCUUUCUGUGUUGAUGGGCGCCGUUUUGUGGGUCACGCAAUUCCGAGGUUUUUUUUUUUGAGUGAAAGAAAUAAGUCAUUACCGCACUUUAAGAUUAUUAUUAUUUUAGCUGACGAUCUUGUUGAGUCGCGUUGCGUUCGAGGAAAACAUUUUUGAAUCGGGGAGGAAAAUAAAAACGUUGCUAGAAAAUCCCCGUCGCUUUUGGAGUGAAGCCUGAAAUGCGAAUUCGUUGUUAAAAAGUGAAACCGGCAACAGCCCAUCAGCGACACGGCCGCAGAGCAAACGAAAAAGGGGCCACUCCACCACCCCGCUGCUAAAUUGCGGGGCACAACUAUACGCGGGCAAAGCUUGCGUUGUGUUCUAUUUGUUUAACGAUUACUAUCACAAUCAGCGUCGAGGAGAGAGGCGUCCAAGUCAGCGAUUAUGAACUAUUCAGUGCACGCAGCAGCAGCAGGGCUGCGUCCGACCGCGACAGUAUCCGCGCACAGCAGCAGCAGCAGCGGCGGCAUCGUCGUCAACGACAGCGCGCACGACAACUCGAGCGGCCAACAGAGCCUCGAGAUCAGCACGAGCCUGGGCUCCAAGGCGUUCAUCACGGCGCUCUACGUAGCCCUGUUCGUCGUGGGCACGGUGGGCAACGCGGUCACCCUCUACGUGGUGCUGCGCAAGCGGAGCGCACGGCACCUGCAGCACGGCACGGCGCACUACCACCUCGUCAGCAUGGCAGCGUCCGACCUGCUCACGCUCAUGCUCGCCUUGCCCGUGGAGCUCUACAACUUCAUCUGGGUGCACGAGCAGUGGGCGUUCGGCGACCUGGGCUGCCGCGGCUACCACUACCUGCGCGACAGCUGCACCUACGCAACGGUGCUCAACAUCACGAGCCUGAGCGUGGAGCGCUACCUGGCCGUGUGCCACCCGCUGCGCGCAAUGACCGUGGCGUCACCGAGGAGGACGCGUCGGCUCGUGGCCGCGGUGUGGGUCACCUCGUUCCUGCUGGCGCUGCCCAUGGCACUGGUGAUGGGUCAGCAGGUGUUCGUGGAGAGGAGGAGGCACGGGUUUGUCGACGAGCACGUGGCUGUCAUCCACGUGUGCACCAACGUCAUCUCCAUCGACACCCUUAAGGUGGUCAUACAGGUGAACGUUUUCCUGGCAUUUGUGUUUCCGAUGCUGGCCAUCUCAGCGCUCAACUCGGCCAUCGUCAGGCAGCUGAUGCGCCUGGUGGACAAGCCGGCGCCGGAGCCCGACAUUGGGCAGGAGCAGGGCUGUGUGGCGCGUCCGCGUGGCGACCAGGGCGGGGGCCUGCAAGCGUGUCGCCACGCCACGGCCUUGAAUCUCGGGAGGCGCCUCUGUUCCAACGGCGGAGUGGAGGCUGCCAGAGUUCACGCCCUGUGCAACAGCGUGAAAGUCCUGCGUGCAAUUGUGAUUGCCUUUGUUGUAUGCUGGCUGCCUUACCAUUCCCGUCGUCUGAUGUUCUGCUAUGUACCAGACAGCGCUUGGCAUCCCGCGGUGUUCAAUUUCUACCACUACUUCUACAUGCUCACCAACACGCUCUACUACGUGAGCUCGGCAAUCAACCCCGUGCUCUACAACCUGGUGUCGGCCGGCUUCCGCCACACGUUCGUGGCCACGCUCGGCUGCGGACGAGCCACGGAGCGUGAGCCGGGCACCAUGCAGGUGUACACGCGCGCCGGCUCGAGCCAGUCGAGCGUUCACACCGUCACGUCCUCCAACCACGACUGCGCAGCGCCAUGCUCGAAUCUCGGGAGGGCUCGCGAAGCGCUCAGUUGA